AUGAAUAAUGUAAAUAAUUUAAUAGUUAAUAUUGCAAAUAAUGUAAAUUCUGUACUUUCAAUUGUUGGGAAAGCGACAGUCGAUACACCUGAACCAACACCUGGUUAUUUAUUUUUAGAUAUACAAAAUGAAACCAAUAAAUCAUUUGAAAAAUGUAUGGAUAUUUUAAAAAAGUUACAAGAGAGAUUAAAGAAUAAUUCAUCACAUGUUAAAUUAAAGACAUUGAAAAUCAUUAAACAUUUAAUAUUAAAGGGUAACGCAGCAUUUAAACAAGAGUUAAUAUUAAAUUUAGCAGAAGUACGUAAUUGUACAAAUUUUUCAGGUAGAAGUGAUUCAUUGCAUGGUGAUAAUCCAUUCAUGUUGGUUAGAAAAGAGUCUCAAGAUAUUUUAAAUAUUCUAUAUCAAUAUUCUUCAAAUUCAGAAGUCACUUCUGUAAAUAAUCAUUAUAAUGGUAAUGGUUAUAAUGGCAGCAGCAGCAGCAGCAAUAAUAAUAAUAAUGACAUAGUUUUAUAUGAAGGUCAUGGUAAUUCAAAUUUAUCAUAUGAUAUUGGUAAUACACAUAGACCAAUGGUUGGUGUUGGUAGUUCAGGUGCAAUUACAAAUGCACCAUUACAACAACAAACUGCAAUAGAUGAAUUUAAACAAAAGAUUCAAUCAUUACCUUCAAAAAUAUUUAAUAAUGAACAAUCAAAACUUAAUUUCGAUUCAGUUCCAGUAACAGAUAAUAAUAAUUUAUCAUUAGUGCCAAUGAAAGAUGGUUCUCGUUUUAUAGAUUAUAAUAAUAAUAAUGAUGAUAAUAAUAAUAAUAAUGGUAAUAAUAAUAAUAAUAAUAAUAAUAAUAAUAAUAAUAAUAAUUAUAUAAAUGGAAAUGAUAUAAAUACAGAUUCAAAUAAUCCAUAUUUAGGUACAAAUGAAUAUAAUACAAUUAUUAAUAUAAUUGGAACAAGUACAAGUGAAACUAGUUUAAGUAAUCUUUCAACCUCUAAAUUCAUAUCAUUCUAUGGUAGUUGUAAUAAAGAUACUAUUGAAACAAUAUUAUCAAUACUUUAUUACUCUAUAGAUUCUGUUAAAAAAUGGCAAAUUAAACAAAGAUAUUUAUUAUUAAUUGAACAAUUAUUACAAUAUCAUGGUAAUGAUAAGCAUGAUAAUAAUAAUAAUAAUAAUAAUAAUAAUAAUAAUAAUAAUAAUAAUAAUAAUAGUAGUAUGGUUAUGGAUUUCUUUAAAAAGAAUCAUUCACAUUUAAUUACAUUAACAACCUCAACUCAUAUUGGACCACGUGAAAAAUCAAAAUCUAUCCUAAGAAUGAUUGGUAUUGAUUUUGAAAAAAGUUUAGAAUCACUAAAAGAACAACAAAGAAUUAAAGAUGAAAAGGAUGAAAAAGAAAGACAAGAACAAUAUCAACAAUAUUUAAAACAACAAGAACAAUUACAACAAAGAUCAAAUAGAAAUUUUAAUAAUAAUAAUAAUAACAAUAAUAAUAUUAAUGACAGUAAUAAUAAUAAUAAUAAUAAUAAUAAUAAUAAUAAUAAUAAUAAUAAUAAUAAUAAUAAUAAUAAUAAUAAUAAUAAUAAAUCACAAGUUGGUAGUAUAUUCAAUUUUGAUGAACCAGAGCCACAAUCACAAUCGCAAUCACAAGCAAAUCAACCAAAACAUCAAUCUCAGAAUCAAAAUAUUUUUGGUGGUUUAUCUGUCAAUAAUCCAAACCAACAAAAAAAAGUUAAUGGCUUGGAUCACAAUAAUAUCAAUACUACAAAUAAUAACAACAAUAAUAACUCAUCCUUUGAUUUCUUUAGUGAACUAUCAAUUAAUAACACCACAAACAAUAAUAAUAUAAAUAACACCAACCUCAAUAACAUUACAAACAAUAAUAAUAAUAAUAAUAAUAAUAAUAAUAAUAAUAAUAAUAAUAAUAAUAAUAAUAAUAAUAAUAAUAAUAAUAAUAAUAAUAAUAAAAGUGAGAGUAAGAAAAUGGAUGAUUUAGAUCCUCUAUGCAAAGCAGAGAUUAAUGAUAAAAAAGUACCAAGUAUAAUGGAUGACUUAGAUUUUUCAAGUAUUUCAUUCACAGGUAACAGUAAUACUAAAGUUGAUACAAAUGCAAUCGCAAUUAUAUCACCAAAUACACCACUCCAACCAACUCCAACAAAAUCCUCAACUACCCCACCAAUUAAAACCUCAACCCCACCAUUUACAACCACUGCAUAUAAUAGUACAAAUACUUCAACUGCCUUUUACACAACAACUCUACCAAAGAUGAAUAGUAGCCCAACUAUUGGUAAUGGAUUUAACAAUAAUUUGAACAACAACAACAAUAAUAAUAAUAAUAACAUUAAUAAUAAAAAUAAUAAUAAUAAUAAUAAUGAUAAUACUGGUAAAUCAAACCUGGAUUUUGAAUUUGUCACAACCACCAUUAAAUCUCCAGUAACUAACAGUAACAAUGGUAGUAAUAAUAAUAAUAAUAACCCAAACAAAACUAAAAAUAAUGUCGACCCAUCAAAUGCAUUCGGAAUAUUAGAUUCGUAUGUUGUAUCAACAAAAAAAUAA